AUGAAACAAGAGCCCGUGGGCAGCCCGGGUUUGGGUCAUAGUCAGGCCCAGCCAGCUGCUGCCGCUAGCUACGGCGCCGCGCCUGCCCCUCCGGCCGAAGUCGAGCCCGGGGGUGUCGCCGCGGGCGAAAACCCCACGGCCAUCCGCUUCCUCCAGCGGCUGGUCGAACUGAACUCGGAGGAUACGGCGUCCCUGGAAAAGGGCGUCAGGGUUCUGAAGAACCUUAAGGUGUCUCUGCAGCUGUCCAACUGCAACAACACGCAGGCCCCGCACUGGCUAGAGUCCAUCGACCGGCUCCUGAACACUCGCCCUCUUAGACGAGGAGCGGCCCCGGUCUCUUAUGCCCGCAUGAAGAUGAUUAUGAUUAAUCACGUCGAGGUCAAGCGCCACACCAUGUUCCAGCAAGCAACCGACUCGGUGAAGCUUCACCUAGAGGAGCUCACAAAGCGCAUCGAAACAGAAGCCCUCUCAGUCUCUGGCACGCGACUACCUGUCUGUUCUCGUCGGCGUGGACAUCCGCUCUCUGGACAUGAUUGGAGGUUCCCCCCUCCCCCCCGCGAGGAACUCUUACUUCUCCAGGAAAUGAAGCCCCUGGUCGAGUGUGUCGAUGAAGCGUUUAGAGAGCAUGUUUGGGCGUCGUCCCGCUAG